GUUUUGUUUCACAAUAGCUUUCUCAAGCUUUUAACAAUGAGCCAGAGGAACAGAGACCAUUUUAAAGAUUCCCCUUUUAUCGUAUAAAUGACUGUUUCUAGUAAUUGUCAGCUUUUUAAACCAAUAACCUAAAAUAUAUUGCUAAUUGGAGCAAACAUGUCGCUAUAAAUGGAGUUUGAAACGAAGCUUUAGCCGCAUUAUGAGCAUUGUUAGUUAGUUUCUUCUCUGAGGUUAAUUUAGUUUUCUUCAGGAUGCUCAGAGAGUUGUAUCCCUUCGUGGAGGACAGCUUCAGUCGCUUCCCGUCGCAGAGUAACAUUUACGGCCUGUGUCAGGCGGGAGAGCAGCAGCUGUUAGCGGCCACUCUCAAAGGGAAGGUGGUGUGUUUCAGGUACCAGGAGCUGCAGCACAAAACCAGACCUGUAGCCAAAGAGGUCCAGUUCACCUACAUACCAGUUGAUGCAGAAAUAGUUUCAAUUGAUUCCUUCAACAAGUCACCGCCCAACAGAGGUCUGGUGGUGGGCAUCACAUUUGUAAAGGACUCUGGUGACAAAGCAACACCGUUCCUGAAUAUCUACUGUGACUACGAGCCGGGGUCGGAGUUCAACCUGGAGUCCAUCGCACAGAGCUGCCUCAAUCUGGAGCUGCAGUUCACACCCUUCCAGCUCUACCACACAGAAGUUCAGUGUGACGAUGGAGGCAGGGAGACGGUGUUUCUGCUCAGUGGACACGACCAGAGGAUCCACCUGUACAAGGAGAACGCCUCCCUGCACCAGUUUGAAGAGCAGCCCGUGGAGAGACUCUUCCCUGAACUACAAGAACUGCCCAGCAAUGUGCUGUGGCUGGAUGUGUUGAGUAUACCUAGCGGUCGACGACUCUCUGCGUUCGGCUGUCAGAACGGCUGCGUUGGACUGGCGCUGGUCGACCAGACAGGACCAGAGGUUCUGCAAAGCUGGAGGUUCCAGUUUGACAGUCCGAUCUCUUCAGUGCUGCUGUUCCCUCUGAGCUGCCAAACUGAGCCAGGCCAGUCCAGCAGAGAGAACAGUGUGGAGCUGAAGAGCUACAACCUUCUGGUAACAAGUGCUAUCGAGAUGGCCGUCGUCUACAGAGACGUGCAGGAUCGAGGUUUGUCGCGUCCCGUAUGCCUCUCAGAGAGCGAUCAGUGGGACGCCGUGCUCUGUGCUCUGGUCAUCGAUCUGGAUUUUGAUGGUCAGAAGGAGGUGCUGUUGGGAACAUACGGGCAGGAGCUUCUCUGUUAUAAAUUCCAGCCGGCAGGGAGCAGAGGAGACGGACAGUUUCAGCUGCAGUGGAGGCGGAGCUUCAAGAGUCCUCUGCUGUCCGUCAUCUACUUAGACCUGACGGGGGACGGACUGAGGGAGCUGGCUGUCCUUACAUUGAAGGGUCUGCACAUCUUACAGCACUCGCUCACCAUCACGGCUGAUUUGGUCCUGGAGCGGCUCGCCUGCAGGUUGUCUGUGCUGACAGUCGGCUCUGAGCAGGACUCGACUAAAGCUGGAGACGCUGAGGAGAAGGACGCUGCAGCGGAGACAGAGACGUGUACAGAUCCAACGACGUCUAAUUAAGAACGUGAUGUUUACAUGAGGCGGUCCCAGUGGAUCAGACUGAGCUGUUAUAUCUCCAGGUGUGAUGUGAAGGAUCGUCUCAGGAUGAACACUUGAAUGUGAUCGUGAUGACGGACACUAGUUUUUACACUGAAUGUCAGAUUGACCUUUGUCAUCAUGAACACGUGUUCUGUGAAGAGCUCACAUGAUCCUCUGAUGAGCUGUAGAUUGUGUUCAGACAUUUCUAGAGAAAAACGAUAAAAGUUGCUGACUAUGCUUA